ACAGCCGCAGAACAGAGGUCACCGGUCGUAAUGGUUGGAAUAGCUCGACUAUAAAGUGUCUCUAGCAGCUGAAGACAAAUGUUCGUUGAUCUACUGUCUAUCAUCAAGUAUCCAGUGUCAACCAAAACCCACAACUCCCAGCCCAGAGACCAGACUAGCGAAGAUGAUGUUCAAGUUCCUCGCCGCCGUUGCACCUGCAUUCCUGGCUACCGCCGUCGCGGCGUAUCCAGACUAUCCGCAAUGGACCACCGAUAUCCCCGUGGACGCAGACUAUGUGAUCGGCUCCGAGUUUGUGCUCAGUUGGGUGCCCCAAGACACCACUGAGACUUUCAAGCUCUAUCUUGGUGCCUUCAACAACACCCCUUCCGGCUACUACACAGGCCCCUUCGGUGCUCAGUUACCCAUAUACGAUAAUAAGGGCAUGUACCUUAACGAGGCGGUGCCUUUCUCCGAUAGUGAAUAUCGAUGGGAUGUUCAGGCCGUGGACCCAAAGUGGAAGGGUGACGGGUUUUACUAUCGCUUCACGGCGGAGUUCGAAAACCCGCUCUACGCGAGCUCGUCCCCGCGCGCCUUCCACGUCGUGGACUAAGAGGUCUCAGCUCCAGUAGCUACCUGACUUUACGGGCAAAGGAAACAUUCGCCGGGGUUACUGAACAAUGCGACUUUUUUCGAGGUUGAAGAGGACGGGUACCGAUGGCAUCAUGACGAUGGCAAGCUCAAUCCAGGUUCUCUCUCCGAUAGUCAUUUUAAUGAUUCGUAGGAGAGUCGAAUUCUGUCACAGAAUGAACUAAGCCUCAUUUCGGAUAUACAGCACGGACCAAGAAAUACUGUAUAUAAAGCUAAAUAGAGGAAUAAGGGGCAGAAACUAGAACUUCUCUCUUUGUGCAAUGACAGAUCAUUUACUUGAGAAUCCAGCUGGGAAGUAUUG